UGAUUCUGUCUUUCCCUGAAGCAGGACCCUGGUGCCAGUUCCAGGCAGAGGCUGACCAGAGGGAAGUGGAACAAUGUAACAAUCCAUCCCCCAAAGAACCCUGUCCUUAAAUCCUCCCAGACAGGCCCGGUAAAGGCAAUGGUUUUCCCUGGCAGCAGAGUAGUGGCCACACGGUGGCAGCAGAGCUGCAGCUGUGGAGUUCCAUUCCCCAGUUCUCUAGCAAAGAUGGGCCGGUCCAUCCACAAAAUCUACAAGCCACUGCUACUCAUUAAGACCCCAGAGCCCACCUGUAACUCACUUUAUUGUCCAUAGGUAAGUCAUAAGAGUAGGGAUUCCAUGUUUAACCUCAUCAGAAGUAGCGGGGAUUGGAAUGGGCUGCAAUCCUGACUGCCCAUCUCAGGCAUGGGGAGGGACCAAGGUGGGUCAUCCUAGCCUACUAUUAACCCUAGCUCCUUCCCAUCCAGGAAAUAACAAUCCUGACAGGAGUUUCUUCAGUCCAGAGUUGAUCAAUUGAAGCUCUCCAACCUGUUGAAGAAUUGGGGGUUCUUAUAAGGCUCCCCCAGGGCCUAGCUCUGACAAACCGUCUGCAAUUAAUGAUGCUUCCUGAGCUCUGGAGACAGGAUUUAUGCAUCUAAUAAAGUCUGUAACUCCAGGCUUAGGCCGGGGGUAGGAAGCUGAGAGCAGAGAAGUCCCCAGGGGGGUAUGAGAGGGGGUCCCAGGUGGCUCUUAAUAGAGCCAUGCAUUUCUGUUGCCUGUCUAGAUUUCCCCUCAGGCUGCUGCUGAGGUGGGGGUGGAGGACAGCAGGUAUAAGAGGAUGGUGUGCCAGUGGGGAGGUGGAUGGCAGCAUGGAUUCCAAGCAGGUUGCUGUGCUGCUGCUAUUGCUGCUGCUGCUGCUGCUGGACUCGGGUCAUUGUGAAGAACCAGGGAGCCGGGAUGGAGACCAGGUCUUUGCAGAAGAAGACGAGGGACCCCACCCACCACAGUAUGCCCAGACUCCUGGGUCCCUCUUGCGUUUUCUGCUUCAGGCCAUGGAGAGAGCUGGCAGAAGCCCAGCCUUCCUGUUCCAUCCUCAGAGGUUUGGCAGAAAUACCUGGGGGUCCUGGAGCAAAGAGCAGCUAAGUCCCCGGGCUAGAGAGUUCUGGAGCCUGGCUGCCCCUCAGCGCUUUGGGAAGAAGUAACAGCAUCAUCCCUGUGAUGUGUCUGCAUGCAAAAUCACCCCCCAUGUGCCACGUGUGCCCCCAAAUAAAAUAGUUUGUCUUCUGAA